AUGGAGUUGGUGGUAGGUGCCUCGAAUGCUACCAUGAGGUCUCUCCUGGGCAAGCUGGGGGGCCUUCUAGCCCAGGAGUAUGCUCUGGUCCGCGGAGUCCGCCGUGAUGUUCAGUACAUCAACGAUGAGCUUACAAGCAUGCAGGCCUUCCUCCGUGACCUCAGCACUGCCCUGGAAGACCAUGACAACCGGAUGAAGGACUGGAUGAAGCAGAUCCGUGACAUGGGCUAUGACAUUGAAGAUUGUAUCGAUGACUUUGCCCACCGCAUACCCCGCGAUCCCAGCAGUGAUGUUAAAUGCUUAUUCAUCAGGACAAGAUUCUAUGAACUCCGGAUGUGGUGGCCUCGCCGUGACAUUGCGUCAAAGAUUGCUGACCUCAAGGUGCGAGCGCAACAGAUUGGUGAGCGACGUAGAAGAUAUGGGGUGCACAACCCAAGGAACCGUAAGAAUGGCUCUGGAGUUACUGCUGGAACAUACGAAGUUGCUGAGCAUCAGCUCACAGAGCGUCAGCUUAUUGGUAUGAAGAAGCCAGUGGGGAUGACGGAUGACAUGAAGAAGCUUGAGGAUUGGCUAGCCAAAUCUGAUAAAAGUUCUUAUGAGGAGCGAGCUGUUCUUUCCAUAGUCGGAUUCGGCGGCGUGGGAAAGACCACUAUUGCAAUGGCUUUGUACCAAAACGUCAGGGAUAAAUUUGAUUAUCGGGCAUCAGUCACCGUGUCUCAGAACUAUGAUGAAGAUGCAGUCCUCUUGAUGAUUCUAAAACAAGUCAAGCCGCAGGAGAGUGAUCAGGAGAAGCAACACAGCACUGGCAGCUCUGCUGUAAAACAGAUCAAGACUGAAGCAAUUAACCAUGGUAAACUCGUGAAAGAAUUACAAGAUCAUCUGGCCAAAAAGAGGUAUCUCCUCUUGAUUGACGACAUAUGGUCUGCACAAACUUGGGAGAGUAUCAGAAAUUGCUUGCCACAUGACAAUAAAGAAGGCAGCAGAGUAAUAGUGACUACAAGAUUUCAAGCUGUUGGUGCUACGUGCUCCCAAAUAGAUGGAAUUGAUUUACUCCAUCCAGUCGAUUUUCUAGAUGAUGAGCAGUCUAAAAUUUUAUUUAAUCGAAGUCUUUCUGAAUCCAGAAGCAGCAAAGAUAGCAAGAAAGAACUGGACCAAGUCCCUCCUGAGAUAUGGAAAAAUUGCAUGGGUCUGCCUUUGGCCAUAGUUAGCAUGGCUGGUCUCGUUGCCAGCAACCCUGACAAAUCCAUCAAAAAAUGGAAAGAAGUAUGCAACUCAUUAUUUCCAGAGUCGGUGCCUUCUCUCACCCUGGAUGGUGUUACAAGGAUACUUGAGUAUUGCUACAAUGAUUUGCCUGCAGAUCUCAGGACCUGUUCAUUAUACCUGAGUAUAUUUCCUAAGGGUUCAAAAAUCAGCAGGAAGCGUUUGAUCCGGAGGUUGGUAGCCGAAGGCUUCGUUAGUGAAAAGCAUGGCUUGUCGGAUGAGGAAGUUGCAGAAACAUACUUUAAUCAGCUGAUAAAAAGGAAGAUAAUACGUCCGGUUGAGCACAGUAGCAAUGGGAAGGUAAAAAGCUUUCAAGUGCAUGAUAUGGUUCUUGAAUAUAUAGUGUCCAAGUCGAGCGAAGAGAAUUUUAUUACUGUGGUUGGUGGCCACUGGCUGAUACCAAUGUCGACCAAUAAAGUCCGUCGACUCUCCGUCCAAAGCAGUGGUUCCGAACAUGGAAGUUCAACAAAGCACAUGAAUCUGUCGCAAGUGCGAUCACUGACCAUGUUCCGGAGGCUGGACCAACUUCAUUUUCACUCUUUCAAUAAUGGAAUUUUACAAGUGCUGGAUCUUGAGGGUUGCAAGGGUUUGAAAGAGAAACAUCUAAAGGACAUGUGUAGAAUGCUUGUACUGAAGUAUUUGAGCCUUCGUGGAACAGAUAUUUCCAAAGUACCCUCUAAGAUUGAGAAACUCGAGUACUUAGAAACUCUUGACCUGAGGGAGACUGAUGUUGGUGAGCUGCCAAAAUCUGCAGGGCAGCUCAAAAGAAUAAUCAACAUAUUUGGUGGGAAUAAGAACCCAAGAAGGGGGUUGAAGUUGCCUCAAGAGAUUAAUAAGGAGACAAUGAAAGCACUUCGUAUACUGUCGGGGAUCGAGAUUGAUGAGCAAUCAACAGGUGUAGAAGGCCUCCAUCAGUUGACGGGGAUUAGGAAGCUUGCCAUUUACAAGCUCAUAAUAUCGAAGGAUAGUAAAAUCUUCAAAGAACUACGCUCUGCAAUCGAGUAUCUUGGCAGCUGUGGUCUGCAGACUCUGGCUCUCAAUGAUGAGGGUUCUGAUUUUAUCAACUCACUGGACACCAUGUCCGCACCUCCAAGAUACCUCAGCGCCCUUGAGCUCUCUGGCAAUUUGAAUAGUCUUCCAAAGUGGAUUAAUAAACUCAGUAACCUCCACAAAUUGACCCUCUCUGUAACUGUUCUCCAGAUGGAUACUUUUGAGCUCCUCAGUGACCUGCCUUUGUUGUUUUCCCUCACCUUUUCGCUGAGUGCAGCGAAGCAGGAUGAGGCCAUAGAGGAUAUCCUUGAGAAGAACAAAUCGGAGUCCGGCGGCGAGAUCUUCGUCCCAAGUGGAGGAUUCAAGAGUCUUAAGCUGCUUCGCUUCUUCGCACCUCUAGUGCCAAAGCUGAGCUUCCCAGAAGAUGCAAUGCAAGCGCUCGAAAGGAUCGAGAUGCGGUUUGAAGCCUUUGAGGGCCUGUUCGGCAUCGACACCCUGGAAAGUCUCCAGGAGGUGCACCUCAGAGUCAAUAGCGCAGCAGAUGAAAUAACCAACUUCAUUGUAGAAGAUUUGAAGGCCAUCGAGAAGCCAAAGAUAAUUGUGGAUCAUGUUAUCACAGCUGAAAUGUGGUAUUCUCUUGGAGCGCUUUCUCAUCAUCCUACAUUUCCACUAUGUUUGUUGAGAUUAUUGAUUUUAUUAUUUGUGCCAUUCGUACUCCAACAAAUACGGUUCCUGUAUGCCACUAUUAUUGAUUUGCUUUUGAAACUGAUGACUUAUUUCAUUCCGGGCUUGUAA